CGGAAUGAUUGAAGUGACUUUGUCUUCUAUUGUCACGUGAAUAUAAAACGAUCUAGUAAAAGUAUAAAACCUGUUCCAUAGUUUCGUGUUAAUAAAAUAGUAAACAAUUUCACUCUUAAUUUAUUUUUGUAUGGUGUCUUUAGUAUCGCAAUUAUAAUUUUUACUAUCAGUUAAGCAAUUAGAUCAAUAUAUACAUAUAUAUUUAUGUACGGAUUACUUAAUUAAAUACGAAAAGUGCGUAUGUAAAUAUUAUUUCAGUGUAUAAAUUAGUAAAAAUUAUCAGUGUUUUCAACAGAAAUUCGACCAAUGGAAUCUAAUAAAGUAGUAGAUAUGCAGACAGAAGAAGAAAAAGAACUUGAUGAACCCAAUCGGAAGAAACAAAAAGUCUCCGAAUGUCCUUUUAAAAGUAAUUUUAAAGUAAAUGAGUCGGUGGAGUUAGCGAACGAAUGGGAAGGAAUCGAUGAUGAUCAGUCCAAACAAUGCAGUAGUGAUGGAGAGUUAGUAGACAAUGAUAAGUCUCCUAAUAAAAAAGAUGGGGAUAAUAGUAAUGAUCUUGAUGACAAUGAUGUACCUGAUUCAGAAACUGAUGAAGGUCCUUCUCAUGAUGAUUUAAGACAGUUUGAUGUACUUGAUGAUAUUGACCAUCAUUCAGAUCAAGAUGAGUCAAGGUGUGAUUCUGAUAGCAAUUACAGUAUGGAUUCCGACGUUCCGGAUGAAGAAAUCGAAGCUAUGUUAGAUGAAGGUCUCCCAGAUGAAUUCAAAGGUAAAAGGAAAGAUCGAGGGGACUGUAUGCCUUAUGAAGAGAAGGAAAAACUAGUCUUAGAUGAAAUCGGGCACAAUCAUUUUGAUGCUUUACCUGAAGGUUGGGUUCAAGUGACACACAACAGUGGAAUGCCCUUGUAUUUGCAUAAACAAACUAGAGUCUGUACCUUAGCGAAGCCAUAUUUUCUUGGCCCAGGAAGUGUGCGUAAACAUGAAGUCCCAGUGAGUGCAGUGCCUUGUUUACAAUACAGGCGAGCGCUAGAAGAGGAAGAAGAGGAAAAACGAAAAGAAAUAGAACGUAAAUCAAGCGGCGUCGAAGCUUCUAAACUACCGAGUGCUAAAAUAGAAACUAUUCAAGAAAAUCUAGCCAAUCAUUCACUUGAUAGCGAACGAUUGCGGAAGUAUUGCCAGUCACUUUUCAGAUUCAAAACAAUUAAAGUCAUGAGAUUUCAAUCAUGGUCAGCGCGAAGAAAGUUUACAAAGAAUAAAAAAAAUCGUAAACAAUUAGAACGCCCGACAUUACCAGACGGUACCAAAUUAAUAACAUUUCCAAUUGGUACCGGAACAAAUUCAGGAAGUGGCAGCUCUGGUGCCGGCGAUGAUAAUGUCAGUCAAAGACCACCGAAGCAUUGGAUAAUGAACCCAUCAGGCAAAAGUUUUGUGUGCAUUUUGCACGAAUAUGUACAGCACGCUUUGAAAAAACAACCCACGUACAAAUUCAAAGAACUAGAAAAUGCCGCAACGCCAUAUUCUGCAAUAGUCUGUAUCAAUGAUAUGGAGUACGGUAGUGGUUUUGGCAGCAGUAAAAAACAGGCUAAGGCUAACGCGGCUCGAAAAACAUUAGAAAUAUUGAUACCGCAGAUGCGUGAUAAAAUAUCCGGUGAAAUGGCAGAAGACAGUUCAGUUAACGCCGGAAGAACAAUAAAAGCAUCGCGCAAUAAUUCUGAUGCUGACUUAUCAUUUUUUGACGAAAUUUCUAUUACGGAUCCACGCGUCGCUGAAUUUUGCGCUAAAACAACUGAGCCGUCACCUCAUGCUAUUUUAAUAACAUGUUUGCAAAGGAAUUUCGGACUUGGUGAUAUGCACAUAAAUUAUUCUGUAAAUACUUUGAAGCAUCAACGAAAUGAAUUUACUAUGAGAGUCGGUAAACACGAGGCAACAGUUAUUUGCAGAAAUAAAAAAGACGGGAAACAGCGAGCAGCCCAAGCAAUUUUACAGCUUCUUCAUCCUAGUAUCCCGUCCUGGGGUUCACUUUUGCGUCUCUAUGGCUCGCGUAGUGUCAAAUCUUUUAAAGAAAAGAAACAACUUGAACAAGAGAUAACACUGUUGCAAGGUAAAGCCGCCGUCAAUCAGCCAAAUCACGCCAUUCUAGAAAAGCUAAGACAAGAAAUGAGAAAAUUGGCUGAACAACGUCAAGCAGUACAACCCAUCGGUAAAUUUAUAUCAUCGGAUCUUCCCACUGGAUCUGCUGCCAAUUUGAACAAUGUAAAUUUAUAGUAUUUUGAAUCCUAGAAAAUUUAUUACUAAGCUACAUACAUUAAUAGUGUGGUAAAAAUUGUAUGAGUGAUUCACGUGAUCGUUUUUAUAAUUGUUGAGAUAUCUAUCUCAGUAUUAGAAUUAAUUUAAAUCGAGCAGGUCUUAUUUAUUCAUUUUUUUUUCUACCAGAUUUUUAGUAGUACUCAGUAUUCUUACUACUGGAAUUUUCUAGAUUAUUUUAAUAAUGUUUAUUUUUUUUCUUUUUGAAGUCAUUUUAAACAAAUCAGUAGUAUUAGAUAAAAAAUUAUUAUUAUUAUUAUUAUUGUUAUUAUAAAUGAAAUUAUAAUAAUGGAAUGUAGUAUUGAUUAUAUAAAUUGGGUAAAUUACUAUUUAUUAUAUAUUUAAAAAACAAAAUCAAAAAGAAAUUUUUUUGUUUAAAAUAAUUUUCAUGAUACCAGCAUCGAAACUUAAAGUUUCAGUGACUCUACAGCGAAUUCGUAAUUCGAAAAUACCUUCAUACAGCGGGCAGAAAUAUGCGUGUUUCUUCCCUUGGGAAAAAACACAAUUGUUUCUGCCCGAUGUCAGUUAUACUUAAGGCUGGACCGCGACUAACGAAAUCUCGAAUUUAAGAAUUCUAAUUAUUUAUUAAGUAAUUAUCAUAGCAGGAAUUUUCUUAGUUUCCGACUUAAAACAGAAGACGAACUUCCUCGGAAGAUUUUCAUAAUCCGAGUUCCAUAAAUAUUCAAAAAGUAAUUAGAAUUCUUAAAUUCGAGAUUUCGUUAGGUACGGCCGAGCCUUAAUGUUCAUUUGCAGCCUUAUUACUAUCAUUUGUUUACUUGUCACUUGAUUUUACUAAUUUCAUUUUUUAAGUGAUAGUUUUAAUUAACCAAAUAAAAUUACUAAAAAAUGAGUGAAAAUAAUAAUUUUGUUUUAUUUACUAUUUAAUAAGUGUUCUCCGCAUCAUCAUCUUGAAAUUAACUUGUUUCUUACUGGCUGCUGACACUAAAUCGUGAAGUUCCGAUGCAGGUAAUCAUGAAAAAUAUAGUGUGUGACUCAGGAUAAAACACGAUUUCAGACUGCGGGUGAUGUCAGCCCUGCGGCUCAGGCAGCCAACCUCACCCUAGUCUGAAAUCGUCUUGUUUUAUCCCUUGUCACACAAUAUACUAUAUUUCUUUCAAUGUAAGAAUGAAGCUACAAAUUAGUAUAUUACAGACCUAAAUAGGAAAGUAGGAAAUUACAACCCCCAUGUUUGCCACCCCCGCCUUCGGAUCAUGUAGACAAUUACCCGCUGGUAUAAAUGUUUUACUUUCCUCCCUUGGUGUGUAAUUUACUAUUUUUUUAUAUCAUUCUUAUAUUAUAAGUAAUAAAUAUAUAUAGCAAUUAAAAUUGAAUGUAUUACUAUAUUUA